AUGACGUAGUCAGAGACUGCUAUGUCCAUCCUGAUAAAGAGCUUUGACACCUAUGCAACUGGUGACGGAGAAAAGGGCACACUAUCCAACGCUGAGGCCAAGACUUUGUUGGAAAAGGAGCUGCAUGCACUGCUUAAACAAAACCCUGAGGAGGUGGACAGGCUGCUGAAACGUCUGGAUUCCAGCGGAGACUCUGAGGUCGACUUCGCCGAGUUUAUGAGACUGGUUUCUGAUUUGGCUCGCAUCUACCACGACAACUGUCCAGGGAAGUGAGCAGGAGGACCACGCCCUGGAGAGGAACCAAACUAAAGGCAGCAGCAACAACAUGAAAUCCUGAUAGUUGCUGUGCUUUUGUAACAUCUGGAUAAAGAGAUGGAUCUACCUGUAUGUGGUUAUUAAGUGUUAAAUAUAAAAUUGCAUACUGUGAGAAGAUACUUGCAGAUCAUGCUACUUUUCUGUAUUAUGUGUUCUGCUUUGGAUGAACACAUUUAAACGCCCGUUUGGGAUUAGGAAACUCUCUCAAAAUUGUGAAAUCAGACAGCCAUCUAGUAAUCAAGCUUAAACCCAAGGCUGGUUUAAGUUCCAUAAAAUGCAG